ACGGCGGGGCCCGCCCCCGGCCCCAGCUCCAGCUUGGUCCCCAAGCCGCGCGCGGCCACGGCCGCUGCCAGGGGGAGGCGAGAGGCUCCUCCCUGGAGCAGAGAAACCAGUUUGUCCGGUCGGGCAGAGCGGAGGGAAAAGGACGGCCGCCGAGGAAGGGCGCACUGACGCGGGGCGGGGGAAGGCGGGGAGCCCUUGGCGAAGCCACGAGAGCCGGAGGAGUCGCGGCCAACUGGACAGGCUUCCCGGGGCCCCCGGCCAGCCCCUGUGUGCCAUGCAGCGCUAGCGCAGCGGCAGCGCUGGGGCCGGGCGGGAGGCGGCCAGGUGCGCACAAGCCUUGGAGCGGCGCGCACCCCGCGGAUGCCCCAGCCGGGGCCCAGUGAGCACUAGGUAGUUCCAAUCUGCCAGCAGAAUGACCUCAGAAAGAGACUCAGAAACAACAUUUGAUGAGGACUCCCAGCCCAACGAUGAAGUGGUUCCCUACAGUGAUGAUGAAACUGAAGAUGAACUCGAUGAUCAGGGGCCUGCCCUUGAACCGGAACAGAACCGUAUGAACAGAGAAGCAGAGGACAAGCGGGAGACGUUCCGGAAAGAUUGCACAUGGCAAGUCAAAGCAAAUGACCGGAAAUUCCAUGAACAACCUCAUUUUAUGAACACCAAGUUCUUUUGUAUUAAGGAGAGCAAAUAUGCGAAUAAUGCAAUUAAAACAUACAAGUACAACGGACUUACCUUUCUACCCAUGAAUUUGUUUGAACAAUUUAAGCGAGCAGCCAAUUUCUAUUUCCUGAUCCUUCUUAUCUUGCAGGCAAUUCCUCAAAUCUCUACCCUGGCAUGGUAUACCACACUGGUACCACUACUUCUGGUGCUGGGCAUCACAGCAGUCAAAGACCUGGUAGAUGAUGUGGCUCGCCACAAAAUGGACAAGGAAAUCAACAAUAGGACAUGUGAAGUCAUUAAGGAUGGCAGGUUCAAAAUCAUCAAGUGGAAAGACAUCCAAGUCGGAGACGUCCUUCGUUUGAAGAAGAAUGAUUUUAUUCCUGCUGACAUUCUGCUGCUGUCCAGCUCAGAGCCCAACAGCCUCUGCUAUGUAGAAACGGCUGAGCUCGAUGGAGAAACCAAUUUGAAGUUCAAAAUGGCCCUUGAAAUCACAGACCAGUAUCUCCAAAAAGAAGAGAACUUGGCAGCAUUUGAUGGUUUCAUCGAAUGUGAAGAACCCAACAACCGGCUAGACAAGUUCACGGGAACACUGUUUUGGAGGAAACGGAGCUUUCCUUUGGAUGCUGACAAAAUCCUGUUACGUGGCUGUGUGAUCAGGAACACCGAUGUCUGCCAUGGCUUGGUCAUUUUUGCAGGUGCUGACACUAAGAUAAUGAAGAAUAGUGGGAAAACCAGAUUUAAAAGAACGAAAAUUGAUUACUUGAUGAACUACAUGGUGUACACGAUCUUCAUUGUACUCAUCCUGGUUUCUGCCGGCCUUGCCAUUGGCCACGCUUACUGGGAAGCACAAGUUGGCAAUUAUUCCUGGUACCUCUAUGAUGGAGAAAAUGCCACACCCUCCUACCGGGGGUUCCUGAAUUUCUGGGGCUACAUCAUUGUGCUGAACACCAUGGUGCCCAUCUCUCUCUAUGUCAGCGUGGAAAUUAUCCGUUUGGGACAGAGUCAUUUCAUCAACUGGGACCUGCAGAUGUACUACGCUGAGAAGGACACCCCUGCAAAGGCGAGGACCACCACACUGAAUGAGCAGCUGGGGCAGAUUCAUUAUAUCUUCUCGGAUAAGACGGGGACACUCACGCAAAAUAUCAUGACCUUCAAAAAGUGCUGCAUUAACGGGCAAAUCUAUGGAGACCAUCGGGAUGCUUCUCAACACAGCCAUAGCAAAAUAGAGCUAGUGGAUUUUAGCUGGACAUUUGCUGAUGGGAAGCUUGCAUUCUAUGACCAUUAUCUGAUCGAGCAAAUCCAGUCAGGGAAGGAGCCAGAAGUCCGGCAGUUCUUCUUCUUGCUUUCUAUCUGCCAUACGGUCAUGGUGGACAGAAUUGAUGGCCAGAUCAACUACCAGGCGGCCUCUCCUGAUGAAGGCGCCUUGGUAAACGCCGCCAGGAACUUUGGCUUUGCCUUCCUCGCCAGGACGCAGAACACUAUCACCGUCAGUGAACUGGGCACAGAAAGGACCUACAGUGUGCUCGCCAUUUUGGACUUCAACAGUGACCGGAAGCGGAUGUCUAUCAUUGUGAGAACCCCAGAAGGGAGUAUCAGGCUGUACUGUAAAGGCGCUGACACCGUAAUUUAUGAACGGCUCCAUCGGAUGAAUCCUACGAAGCAGGAAACACAGGAUGCCCUGGAUGUCUUUGCUAGUGAAACUCUCAGAACCCUGUGCCUGUGCUACAAGGAAAUUGAAGAAAAAGAAUUUGCAGAAUGGAAUAAAAAGUUUAUGGCUGCCAGCGUGGCCUCAGUCAACCGGGAUGAAGCUUUGGAUAAAGUGUAUGAAGAGAUUGAGAAGGACUUGAUUCUCUUGGGAGCCACAGCUAUUGAAGACAAGCUACAGGACGGAGUUCCAGAAACCAUUUCAAAACUUGCAAAAGCUGACAUUAAGAUCUGGGUACUUACAGGAGACAAAAAGGAAACGGCAGAAAACAUAGGUUUUGCCUGUGAACUUCUGACAGAAGAUACUACUAUCUGCUAUGGUGAGGACAUAAAUUCUCUUCUUCACACGAGGAUGGAGAAUCAAAGAAACAGAAGUGGCGUCUCUUCGAAAUUUGUACCCCCUGUGUAUGAACCUUUUUUUCCACCUGGAGAAAACCGUGCCUUAAUCAUCACUGGCUCUUGGUUGAAUGAGAUCCUUCUAGAGAAAAAGACCAAGCGAGGUAACAUCCUAAAGCUGAAGUUCCCAAGGACGGAGGAAGAGAGGAGGAUGCGGACCCAGAGUAAGAGAAGGCUGGAAGAGAAGAAGGAGCAGAGACAGAAGAACUUUGUGGACCUGGCCUGUGAGUGCAGCGCCGUCAUCUGCUGCCGCGUGACCCCCAAGCAGAAGGCCAUGGUGGUCGAUCUGGUGAAGAGGUACAAGAAGGCCAUCACGCUGGCCAUUGGAGACGGGGCCAAUGACGUGAACAUGAUCAAAACUGCCCACAUUGGUGUUGGAAUAAGUGGACAAGAAGGAAUGCAAGCUGUCAUGUCCAGUGACUAUUCUUUUGCUCAGUUCAGAUAUCUACAGAGGUUGCUGCUGGUCCAUGGCCGGUGGUCUUACAUAAGGAUGUGCAAGUUCCUCCGAUACUUCUUUUACAAGAACUUUGCAUUUACUUUAGUUCAUUUCUGGUACUCCUUCUUCAAUGGCUACUCGGCACAGACGGCGUAUGAGGACUGGUUUAUCACCCUGUACAAUGUGCUGUACUCCAGUCUGCCCGUGCUCCUCAUGGGGCUGCUUGACCAGGACGUGAGUGACAAACUGAGUCUCCGAUUCCCUGGGUUGUAUGUAGUGGGACAGAGGGACUUGCUAUUCAACUAUAAGAGAUUCUUUGUCAGUCUGCUGCAUGGGGUCUUGACAUCCAUGGUCCUCUUCUUCAUACCACUUGGCGCUUACCUACAAACGGUGGGACAGGAUGGAGAGGCACCUUCAGACUACCAGUCCUUUGCCGUCACAGUGGCCUCAGCCCUAGUAAUAACCGUCAAUUUCCAGAUUGGCUUGGAUACUUCUUACUGGACUUUUGUGAAUGCUUUUUCAAUUUUUGGAAGCAUUGCGCUGUACUUUGGCAUCAUGUUUGAUUUCCAUAGUGCGGGGAUACAUGUUCUCUUUCCGUCCGCAUUUCAGUUCACAGGUACGGCUUCCAAUGCCCUGAGACAGCCAUAUAUUUGGUUGACCAUCAUCCUGACGGUGGCUGUGUGCUUGUUGCCUGUCGUUGCCAUCCGUUUCUUGUCAAUGACCAUUUGGCCAUCAGAAAGUGACAAGAUCCAGAAGCAUCGGAAGCGAUUGAAGGCUGAAGAGCAGUGGAAACGGCCUCAGAACGUGUUCCGGAGGGGAGCAUCUUCCAGGCGCUCGGCCUAUGCCUUCUCGCACCAGAGGGGCUAUGCGGACCUCAUCUCCUCCGGCCGCAGCAUCCGCAAGAAGCGCUCGCCCCUGGAUGCCAUCAUCGCAGAAGGCACUGCUGAGUACAGACGCACCGUGGAGAGCUGAGCGCUGGAGGAGAUGUCUUUUUUUUUUUAAUGAAAGACUCAGGACCUUUUUUUUAAAACAAACAAAAGCAAACUGAACUUGUCCCAGAGGACAAUAACCUUAAUAACAAACUUCUAGGGUUGAGCUGUUAAGCAGUAGCUAAGCCAUGCGACCACCUAUUUUAUUCAGCCGACUAUGUCUGCUGAGGUUCAAAGGGAACGUCUUAAUCCAGGCUCAAUCGAGGACAACAGAAUUGAGAGAAGUCUCCGGUUUCAGCUGAAAGGAUACUACGGCACUAUAAAAUUACAACGACGCUGUCCUAUCUGUGACCUCAAACAUGGAUUUUUUUUAAAAUGCACUUCCCGCCGCUUGUCACUUUGUUUAAAAAAAAAAGUCUGUUGUUUAAUGUAUGAGUGUAGUAAGAAAAGAUUCGUCGUGUUUAUCACCUGACACAAAGUGGUUUGGUGACAUUUUCAGAGCUGGUGAUUGGCUUCAUGUUGCUUUAUACCAAGUUAUAAAAUUUGAAACAAGUUUCCUUGAUUGAAUGCUUAAGUACAAAGUUUUGUUCUAGCUUUGAUUUACUACCGGGUUGAGUAACGCAUUACGUAAUUUUACUAUUUCAUGUUUUAGCAUUUCCCUGCCGUACCAAGUGGUUUGACUCCCUACUUUAAUUUUCCAAAAUUGACUUUUAAAAGCCCCAAGACGGUAUCAACUAGAAUUAAGUAAGUUCCAUUUAGAUAAAACAGUUGUGGCCUUGGUUGCGCAGUAGAGGACAACGGAUAAUGAUAAUGGAAUAUAUAUUUCUGAGAUGCUCGAUGAAAGGGAUCGGAAUGUUUUCAACGCAAAGAAGGGAUACUGUUUGAAGAAAUGGACAAACCCUGAUGUCCACGUUGUACGGUAUACACAUACCCCAUGGCAGGCUGCCUUGUGGCUUGGUAGUAGAGCCAGGGCCCUAGGUCCCAUCUCAGUACCAAAAGGAAGAAAUACCGCAUGGUGUCCCAUAAAUAUGCCCAAUUAUGGACCAAUUAAAAUGAACUAUUUGGAAAAGAACAGGAAAUUGCCUACUGAAAAUUUAGUUGUGGAUUCCUCUAGAAGACACCACUUUAGCUCUUACAAGCCACUGGAUACAUUAGGGGGCAGACAUACUUCGGGCUUGACUGUUAACUGGUGGGAAAGUCCUACUACCACACAGAAGAGGCGAGAGCAACAUUGUACCAAGUCUACAAAGUGUAUUCAAACUGCUGCCUGCAGCCACACCCCGCCAAGGGUAACUAUGAAUGUGGCCCAACGCAAAAACUGUAAAUUCCCUUAAAAUGUUAUGAGGCUGUGUGUACGCAUUCACAUGAAUGAUUCCAUUGCUUGGUUCUCUAGUGAGAGCUUUGUACAAAUUGUCUGUCACAAUGUCUGGAGAUUGGAUGUACCCGGUAGGGAGCCUUUGCGGGGUGGGGUGGGGGUGGGGACGACUUUUCCUUUGUGUUUCCUGGAAGUGAAGGGGAGGUCUCCUGUUCAAAACAGGAAAGUUUAAACAACCAAACCAAAAGGCCAGAGAGGGCACUGACGAUACAUUUGGCACUAUUUUACAGAGUCGUCUGUUAAAAAGAAAAUGUUUGUGUGUGCCCCUUCCUACAAAGUAUUGUGUGUGAGUCUUUUAGGAUCCUCAGGCUGGCAUAUCUGUCUUAUGUCUAAGACAAAAGAACAGUAUUUUUUAUUUUGAAAAAAAUUGGGUAAGGAAAAUAUCCUUGAAAAGGUAACUAAUUUUUUUUUCAUGGACUCUUCUCAUUUUUAUGUCUCACAAAACAGUUUUCCUACUCUAGUCAAGAUAUAGAUGGGUUGCAGUAGGUUAUUUUUUUCCCCUUGCAAAUGUUUAUAUCAGUCUGUGAACUCCCAAGAGGAAAUCAUGUGUAUAGUUCAUCUUCUGUACACAGGAUAGGACAAUUUAAUUGUAAUUUUAUAAUGCAUUGUCUAGGUAUGAUGAAAGAAUGUACGCCUAUCCUAUGGAGGUAAAUUUCUGAAAGUUUACAACUUUACCUUGUAAAUAAGAAUUGUAUGUUUUUCUUUUUUUUUUUAAGAGAAAAUUUAGCUUGUGAAUUUUGUCAGUUUCAAGUUUCACUUUCUUUUUUUUUUUGAAUGGUGGGAAAGGUUGACAAUGCAUAUGUGUCAAAGACUUAUACUGUUGGGUGCAAUAUUAAUAAUUUUAAAAUGCAAAUCAUAAAUUAUUUCUAUAUGCUGUAAAUCUGAGAUUUAAUGUAUAUUUUUGUUUAAAAAAUAAAUGCUUUAGUAAAAUAUU